AGUUGUUCACACUGGGAUCUCCUGCCUUCCUGGAAUUUGCCUUCCUGAGAGACAAGUCCUGAGAGAUCUGACAGCACCUUGAGGAGCUAAUUCCCCAUUAACAACAAGAAAAUGACUCAGCACUCGAAAGGGUCACAGUUUGACUUCCAAGAGAAAAGAAAAAGAAAAAUAAACCACCCACAAUCCAAAGCGGUGAAUUAUUAACUCUGGGAUUAUCUCAAAGUACAGGGCAACACCCAUCAUUUUCCUUCAAAAGCAUCUUCCAGCCACAGCCUGCAGGAGAAGCCUCUCCCACGGCCACGGGAACAUGGCUCGGAGGCUCUGCUGUGCCUGGAUUUUCCUCCUCCUCCUCCUCCUGCCCGGCCCCGCAGCCGGAGGGAAGCUGCUGGUGGUGCCCAUGGUGGGGAGCCACUGGCUGAGCAUGCAGGAGGUGGUGGAGAAGCUCAGCCAGCGGGGCCAUGAGGUGGUGGUGCUGAUGCCAGAGGUGAGCUGGCACAUGGAGACCUCGCAGGCCUACGAGGUGCUCACGUACCCGGUGACACAGACCAUGGAGGAGCUGGAUGGCUCCUUCAACAACUUCGUGGCCGUUCACCUGAAGGGCCUGCCCUUCCCCCUGAAUGUCCUGGACAUCUACAAGAGCUACGUGCAUGUCUUCAACACUUUCUUUGGCCAGUGCAAAGACCUGUUCCGCAGCCAGGAGACCCUGAAGGCGCUGAACCAGAGCGGGUUCGACGCCAUCCUGACAGACCCCUUCUUCAUGUGUGGGCCGACUCUCGCCCACUACCUCUCGCUCCCCUUCGUGUUCUUCAUGAGGGGCUUUGGCUGCAACCUCCACUUUGAAGCCCCACAGUGCCCAAGCCCCCCGUCCUAUGUCCCGAGGCUGUUCACCUUCAACUCGGACCGCAUGACUUUCUUCCAGAGAGUGGAAAAUGCCCUGAUGUCACUCCUGGAGCUCAAGUAUUGUGAUGGUUACUACAACGAAGCACUGAAGUUGUCCUCAGAAGUCCUGCAGAGGGACGUGUCCCUCAUGGACCUGGUGCACUCUGCUUCCAUCUGGCUGCUGAGGUUUGACUUUGUGUUUGAGUAUGUCAGGCCUGUGAUGCCCAACAUGGUCUUCAUUGGAGGAAUAAACUGUGCUAAGAAGAAACCAUUGCCUAAGGUAAUGUUCCUUUUC